AACAAAGAUCCAAACAUCGAUCCUUACAUCAAGAAGAACAGGAGAAAUUUUACAACAAAGUCACAAGAAAUGCGAAUCAAAAAGCUGCUCCGGGUCAGACAUGCUCGCUCUUGGCUCUUGCACCUUAACGCUGUCUCACAGUUCGUACUAGCACAAGAUCUUCGAGCAACGACAGCAACAACGGGAAAAGAUAGAGUAGAUCUACGAACAGCAACAACGGGAAAAGAUAGAGUAGAUCUAACCGAAACAACUCCGACUACAACGUCCGCACUACGACACAUCAUCCGAACUAGUCUCUCUUCAGCAACCGAAAGACAGAACAGGACGGCCGGGUGGGGACAACUAGAACUUCUUUCAACUACUAGUAGACCAAGACCAGUUAGUCGGACAAGUCCGUACAUGAGGCGAGAAAAAAUGACUAGUACUUCUCCAAAGAUUGCGGACGUCAGUACGAAUGGUGACAACCCCUACUUCCGCAGCACCAUCGGUCGCGCACCCGUCUAUCGCAUUACCUUAGACCACUACGAUGAUCCAAAUGCCACGACCGACCAGAAGCACCGGGAGUUGGGUCGCAAAAUUGGUGAGGCAGCUGGAGCACAGUUGCGGCAGUGGGUUGCGGAGAUUCCGAAGCAUGAUGAACAGAUAAUCUUGAUGGAGAAAUGGCUUCACGGGGAAGCUUCAAUAUCGAGCUCUCCCCCUGGCACCCCCAAGCCCGUUGACAUCCUCCACAACCUUUUGAGCGAUUCAGAGCUUGCUUAUCCCGGUUUCUAUGCGGAGAUGGAGUCCAUGGCUCUGGCAGCAGGCAUCGACGUAGAAAAAGUUCUUCUUAGUAAUUUACGUGGUGAGCUGUUGCAGUGGGCCGACCCUAAUGAGGAAAGCGUAAAACUUCGAAGAAGAGAUGGAGGAAAACUAGAAGUUGUUGAAAAAGCGACUGCUGCGGAAGUGGUGAAGGAAAGUGCUGAGGCUGAUGAUGUUGUAGUUGAAAGUGUUGAUGCUGCAGCUCCAAGAACUCAUUUUAUUGAUAAAAACCCUAGCUCAUCUACUUCAGAUGCUUCUGUUUCCCCAUCAAAACAUCACAAGCGAAGUUGCAGUGACGUUUUCGUCAAUACGCCAGGUUUUGUUGGCUACGCCCACAACGACGACUGGGACUCCGACUGGCAACAUUUGUCCUACUUUCUAGAAGUCUACUCUUCAAGAGCCCCCGACAACAACAAGUUUCUCUUCUUCACUUUCCUUUACCCUGGUUUCCUUCCGGGUAUGGAUUUCUUAGUAAAUCGACAUGGUGUAACAAUGACAGUGAACAGUGCGUUUCCGAAGCACUACGGGACUAGUGGUGUCACCUUGGCUCAUAUGAGUAGGGCAGUCGUAGAUGCACAUUCGUUAGAAGAAGCUGUGGAGAUUGUCGCUGACGCGCGUGCCAGUACAGGCGGAAGUUGGAAUCUAGGCUGCAUGAAGAGCAGACGGGUGCUGAAUGUGGAGACUAGUGGGCAGCAGCUACGCUGUGGCAGUAUUGUGGAAGAUACAAAGCCUGCUCAACAUCAAUGGAGAUUUUCCGUAAUGGAAGUCGUCGCUUCCCCUUCGAAACUACCAUCUUCACAAGAUAUUACCACUACUAGUACUAGCACUGCAUCUUCUUCCGUCGAUAGAAAUUUUCAAUUUGCGAAAACAACAACCAAUUUUUUCCACGGCAACGAAUAUCGUCAUCUCGAAGGUGUCCCGUUUUUUGCCGACCCGUCGUCUGAGCAUAGGUUACAGCGGUUCGAGGAGUUUCCUAGCACAAGUACAUCCAUCGUCGACGUGUCAACGUCUAGUCCAGAACCAACUCCACCAGCACUUGUCCUAUCAUCUAGCGAAAAUGCUGCAUCCAAUACUCAAUCUCAAGGUACAGCAAUAUCAGUCCCUCCGAGUAACAUCACCUCCCGCGACCUCGCUCUCUCUUUCCUAUCAGACCAAGCUGAUCCAGACUUCCCUGUUUACCGAAAUGGCUACAAAAAAGACCCAGUAUGGACCGAAAUGUCAGGUCUCAUAGACGUCAACAACAGCGUCAUCGAACUCUACCCUACACGAGAAUCGUUGGUAACGAAGGUACCAGGUGCACGAUAUACCUGGAAGUAUGGUGAAGAUGGGGAUGUGAAAAUGUCUCUAUCAGCAGAAAGUCAAAGUGGGGACAAAGAUGACAUGGAAAUCUAUACAUAGAAUCGAUGUCGUCGAUCACUAUGUUGGGAAGAUAAAUUUUGCAUUUAAAACUCACUCACUGUCCCUUUAAACCAAUUUUAAAUGACGAC